AUGAUUCCUCCUGGUAUGAGAGACUUUCAGGACUGUGUUCGUCACUGUGAACUCACUGACAUGAGUUAUCAGGGUCAGAGGUACGCAUGGUGUAACAAGAGGGAAGAUGGUGUCAUAUGUAAAAAAUUGGAUCGAGUACUAGUUAAUCAGCAGUGGCUUCAGCAGUAUGGGCAUUCUUACUCUGUAUUCGAACCUGGUGGUUGCUCCGAUCACUUCAGAUGCCGGAUACACAUCUCGGAGGAGGCUCCACGGAUUCAACGUCCGUUUAAAUUUGUCAAUGCAGUGGUGACGCAUCCGGAUUUUCACCAGGCACUGGCAGAUAAAUGGAGAGAGUCUCCACCACUCUUCCAUUCUACCUCUACUAUGCACCGUUUCACAAAGUCUCUAAAAGGACUUAAGCCUUUGAUUCGAAAUCUGGGAAAACAAGUGGUUGGUACCAUCACCAAACGAACCAAAGCGGCUUACGCUCGUCUCUGUGACUUGCAACAGGCAACAAUGGCUAAUCCUUCUUCACUAGCGGUGCGUGAGGAAGCGGAAGCCUUUGCUAAAUGGCGAUCUCUAUCCGACAUAGAAGAACGCUAUCUCCAGCAAAAGGCAAAACUUCACUGGCUAAAGAUUGGGGAUUAG